AUGUUUGACAACGAGGCAUUUAUAAUUGAUGUGCAGAACGAGGAAAGUAUUUGGAAUACUGAAUCAAAACUAUACCACGAUAGGGUUGCGAGGCACGUGAGUUGGACAAGAGUAGCCAAAUCUACUUACAGUAACUUUGACAGUCUGGAAGAAGAAGACAAAAGAUCAAAACUUGCUGAAUUGCAAAAGAAGUGGAAAUCAUUUAGGGACACCUUCCGCAGGAAAUGUGUAACAAAGUCAGGUCAAGCAGUAGGAAAAUCAAAUACAUAUGUAUAUUCUCAAAUACUCGAGUUUUUAAGACCAACCAUGAAAAAUAGACUGACUGAAAGUAACAUAGAGCAUAGCGAUGAAAGUGAUGACGAUGUAGGUUUUGAAGAAAUAGAUGAAGAUAUUGCAAGAGUUACCGAAAAGUGCCCUAAACCUAACCUUACAGCCUAUAGCAACAAGGAAGAAACAAUCAGUCAACAUCAGUCAAAAAAAAUAAAAGUGGUGAAAAAACCAGCAUUUGAAGACAAUUUAAUAAAUAUUUUAAAUAACCGUCAAAAGGUCGAUGCUGAUACAUCAUUUGCACUCUCCAUAGUUCCACUCAUAAACAAUUUAAGCGAUGAGCAAAAAACUCAGGUAUAUAUAGAUAUUCUAAAAAGUAUUCAGAAAGUUAAAGAACCAAAAAAUUCUGACAUUCAAACAACAUCUAAACCUCCAAACUCUAUCCAACCUUACGUAAGCAUGUAUCCACAUGCUUAUGACCACCAUUCAAAUCCCACAUACUCAAAUAUACCUCAAUCUUAUGUAACUUCACCAGCUCUUCACCCUAACAACUCUAUACAUUUUAAUCAUCCAAAUUUCAAUCCCAUAACCCCCACAUAUUAUCCUACAACUUCUACACCUAAUCCAUCAAAUACCUCUAUACCUUAUUCAUCAAAUACUUCUGAAUGUGAAAUUCAAAAUUUAAACAUGUCAAAACCACUUUAG